GGGUAGUGGUUGGCGCCUCAGUGGUGCGGGUCUGCGUUCUGCCCAGGUGCAACAGAGAGGUGUCGGGUCUCCCGCGGUGAGUGAUCUCUCAGAGGGAGCCGGUUCUGUGAUCAACAUGGGCGACUCCCACAUGGACACUGGUGCCAGCAAUGCGGAGGCAGUAGCCGAAGAAGUGUCUCUCUUCAGCAUGACGGACAUGAUUCUGUUUUCUCUCAUCAUGGGUGUCCUAACCUACUGGUUCCUCUUUAGAAAGAAGAAAGAAGAAGUCCCCGAGUUCACUAAAAUUUCAACAACGACCUCCUCUGUCAAAGAGAGCAGCUUCGUGGAAAAGAUGAAGAAAACGGGGAGGAACAUCAUCGUGUUCUACGGCUCUCAGACGGGCACCGCCGAGGAGUUCGCCAACCGCCUGUCCAAGGACGCCCACCGCUACGGCAUGCGGGGCAUGGCGGCGGACCCCGAGGAGUACGACCUGGCCGACCUGAGCAGCCUGCCGGAGAUAGACAACUCGCUGGUGGUUUUCUGCAUGGCCACCUACGGUGAGGGGGACCCCACCGACAACGCCCAGGACUUCUACGAUUGGCUGCAAGAGACCGACCUCGACCUCUCUGGUGUCAAGUACGCGGUGUUUGGCCUCGGGAACAAGACCUAUGAGCACUUCAACGCCAUGGGCAAGUACGUGGACCAGCGGCUGGAGCAGCUUGGCGCGCAGCGCAUCUUCGAGCUGGGCCUAGGAGACGACGACGGGAACCUGGAGGAGGACUUCAUCACGUGGCGAGAGCAGUUCUGGCCGGCUGUGUGCGAGUUCUUCGGGGUGGAGGCCACUGGAGAGGAGUCCAGCAUUCGCCAGUAUGAGCUCGUGCUGCAUGCUGACAUCGACCUAGCCAAGGUGUACACGGGCGAGAUGGGCCGUCUGAAGAGCUACGAGAAUCAGAAACCUCCCUUCGAUGCCAAGAAUCCGUUCUUGGCUGCGGUCACCACCAACCGGAAGCUGAACCAGGGAACUGAGCGACACCUCAUGCACCUAGAAUUGGACAUCUCAGACUCCAAAAUCAGGUAUGAAUCUGGGGACCAUGUGGCCGUUUACCCAGCCAACGACUCCAACCUUGUCAACCAGCUUGGGAAGAUCCUGGGAGCCGACCUGGAUACGGUUAUGUCCCUGAAAAACCUGGACGAGGAGUCCAACAAGAAGCACCCGUUCCCCUGCCCCACCACCUACCGCACGGCCCUCACCUACUACCUGGACAUCACCAACCCGCCGCGCACCAAUGUGCUCUACGAACUGGCACAGUACGCCACGGAGCCCUCCGAGCAGGAGCAAUUGCGUAAGAUGGCGUCGUCCUCAGGCGAGGGCAAGGAGCUGUACCUGAGCUGGGUGGUGGAGGCCCGGAGGCACAUCCUGGCCAUCCUGCAGGACUACCCAUCCCUGCGGCCCCCCAUCGACCACCUGUGUGAGCUGCUGCCACGGCUGCAGGCCCGCUACUACUCCAUCGCCUCCUCCUCCAAGGUCCACCCCAACUCCGUGCACAUCUGCGCCGUUGUCGUGGAGUACGAGACCAAGUCGGGCCGCAUCAACAAGGGCGUGGCCACUAGCUGGCUUCGGGCCAAGGACCCGGCCGGGGAGAACGGCCACCGGGCCCUGGUACCCAUGUUCGUGCGCAAGUCUCAGUUCCGCCUGCCCUUCAAGUCUACCACGCCGGUCAUUAUGGUGGGCCCUGGCACUGGGGUUGCCCCCUUCAUGGGCUUCAUCCAGGAGCGGGCCUGGCUGCAGCAGCAGGGCAAGGAGGUUGGGGAGACACUGCUAUACUACGGCUGCCGCCGCUCAGAUGAAGACUACCUGUACCGCGAGGAGCUGGCCCAGUUCCACAAGGACGGCACCCUGACCCAGCUCAACGUGGCCUUCUCCCGGGAGCAGGCCCACAAGGUCUACGUGCAGCACUUGCUGAAGAGGGACCGGGAGCACCUGUGGAAGCUGAUCCACGAGGACGGCGCCCACAUCUAUGUCUGCGGGGACGCACGCAACAUGGCCAGGGAUGUGCAGAACGCCUUCUGCGACAUCGUGGCUGAGCUUGGGGGCAUGGAGCACGCCCAGGCAGUGGACUACGUCAAGAAGCUGAUGACCAAGGGCCGCUACUCCCUGGACGUGUGGAGCUAGGAGCCGCCACGUGCCUGCGCACGCACCCGGCUCGCCACCUGUGAUCUGUCCUCACGCCCUCCUCCAGCCCCUGGUGGCUUCUGCUCAGCCUGGCCCAGGGGCAGGCCUGUGACAGACUCCUCCAGGCCCGAGAGGUGGCAUCCUCCUGCCUGGGCCAACUUGGCCACCCUAGGCAGCCCAGCUGCAGGGCAGGGGGCGCGGGCCCCUACACAGUGACACCGCGGGCCCUCGGCAGCUGUACAGAAGGGGCUCUUCUCAGCUGAGCUGGGGCUUGGCCCCACCACAUGAUUUUGAAUGAGUGUAAAUACUUUUAAAUAACCUCUGGCCCGUAGAAUAAAGUUCUGUUUUCUGUA